GUUCCAAAAUCGUGUCCUAUGCGGCAGUCUUAUUUCGUUUAUUUGAGUUUAAAUUUACGUGCUAAAUCAAUGUUUAUAAACGUUUAAAUAAUAGAUUUUUCAACUGAUGUAGUUAAAAUGUUUUGGGUGUUACUAGUUUAUUAUGUUUUACUUGGUGAAGUUAGAGCAACAGGAUUUACUAUAGGUGCCGUAUUUGAAGAGACUGAGAACGAACAUAACCAAAAAGCCUUCGAAGUGGCCAUCGCUGUCGCGAACUCAAAUAAAAAAGAGGAUGCACACUUGGUGGGACUCACUGCUACUCUUCCUCCGCAGGAACCAUUUCCGGCAAUAAGAACCACAUGCGAAAUGAUAAAUGGACAAAUUGUGGGUCUUUUUGGGCCAAAGUCCAUUAGCAACAUUAAUGCGGCCCAGUCGGUGUGUGAUGGAAAAGAGAUAACUCAUAUAUUGACCAAAUGGAUGUAUUAUCCCUUGCCUCCAGGUACCGCAAUCAAUUUUUACCCUUAUGCUCCAUUACUUACGAAAGCUUAUUGGGACAUCAUCCAAGAGUGGCAAUGGAAAACAUUUACGGUCCUCUAUGAAGAUGAUGAAAGUUUGUUGAGGUUAUCUGAUCUAAUCUUACUGGCAAAAGAUCAGGGAUUGGUAGUCACAGUGGAACAACUGGAUAGAGAUAGAAUAGGGGUUUACAGAGAUACACUUAAGAAGGUAUGGAAAACCAAACAGAGGUUCUUGGUGAUUGAUUGUCAUAUAAAUCACCUGAUUAAUAUUCUGACGCAAUGCCAGCAGGUUGGAUUAAUGACAAGCGAUUACAGUUACUUUUUGACCAAUCUGGAUGCACAUACCAAAGAUCUUUCGCCUUUUCAGUGGAGUCAGACAAAUAUCACUGGCAUUCGUCUUAUUAAUCCAAACUUGCCAUACGUGCAAGAUAUCAGUUCGAAGAUCUUCGAAGCUGAUCCGACAGAAGAAGGAGUCGAAAUCUCUUCAAAACUAGAAACGGAAACGGCUCUCUUGUUUGAUGCAGUUCAAAUGUUUUCUCAGACACUCUCUACCAUAUCCAAUCAAGUUAAGGCACCGGAGUUAUUGGAUUGUGAUGGCGAUAACAGCUGGACUAAUGGAUAUUCCCUAGUUAAUUUAAUCAAAACGUCAUCCUACAAAGGACUAACAGGUCAUAUAGAAUUUAAUAACGAAGGAUACCGGAGCGUAUUCGGAUUACAAGUCUACGAACUUCGAGAGGGUGGAAUAAUCAAUGUGGCCACUUAUAAUUCUUCUACAGGACUAAACGUGACGAGAGUUCAUCAACCCUCUAAGGAAUUUGAUCCAUUUAGUUUAAGAAAUAAGACUUUUACAGUCAUUAUAUCACUGACUGAACCGUAUGGGAUGCUGAAAGAUUCUUCUGAGAGUCUGGUGGGAAACGACCGGUACGAAGGGUUUGCCAUCGACUUAAUUCAUGAACUAUCGCUGCUAGAGGGAUUUAAUUAUACUUUUAUUGUACAAGCUGAUAAAGCAAAUGGAAAGAAAGUGAAUGGUAAAUGGACUGGCAUGAUUGGAGCUGUUAUAGACGGGGUUGCUGAUUUGGCCAUAACAGAUUUAACGAUUACCUUAGAACGAGAGAAAGAUGUUGAUUUUACCUCGCCAUUUAUGAACUUGGGCAUCAGUAUCUUAUUUCAAAAGCCAAAAAAAGCCCCUCCGAGCUUCUUCUCUUUCGCCCAACCAUUCGCCAUCGAUACUUGGAUAGCGUUGGCCGUGGCAUUUAUUGUAGUUUCCUUAUCGUUUUUCCUAUUGGGAAGAAUAUGUCCGGAUGAAUGGAAUAAUCCUUAUCCAUGUGUGGAAGAGCCAGAGUUUCUUAUCAAUCAGUUUACUAUGUCGAACUCCGUAUGGUUCGCCACCGGCGCUAUGUUACAACAAGGCUCUGAGAUUGCACCAAUAGCCAUACCAACCAGAUUAGUGUCAGGUGUCUGGUGGUUUUUCGUCCUCAUAAUGGUAUCAUCCUACACGGCUAAUUUGGCUUCUUUCCUAGUAACGGAAAAUAAUAUCGAACUCUUUACCGAUGUCAAGUCUUUAGUUGAAAAUGCUGAAAAGUACGAGAUAAGAUACGGGUCGAAGUUAGAAGGUGCCACAUACGAUUUUUUUGAAAAAAGUGUAGGAAAUGAGCUAUACCAAACAAUAGCCAAACACAUGGCUGAACAUAAAGAAGAUAUGCCAUCAGAUAAUGAAAAGGGGGUAGAGAUGGCGGAGAAAUAUAAAUAUGCCUUUUUUAUGGAAUCUACCUCUAUCGAGUAUACCACCCAGAGACAUUGUAAUCUGACUAGAGUGGGAGACCAGCUAGAUGAGAAGGACUAUGGAAUUGCUUUAAAAAAAGAUUCUCAAUACCGGAAACCACUUAGCACUGCAAUACUUAAACUUCAAUCCUCAGGGGUCAUUGAAAAAAUACGAAAAAAGUGGUGGGAAGAACGAAAAGGUGGCGGUCAAUGCAAAGGUGGCGGUAGUGAUACAGAAGCUACUCCGCUGGACCUCCAAAACGUCGAGGGUAUCUUCUACGUAACAAUCUUCGGAACGAUUCUGGGCGUGGUCCUGGUUCUGUUCGAAUAUGUCUUCUACAUCGCCAGGGUGGCUAAAAAGGCCAAGAUCGGCUUCAAAGAAGCCCUCAAGGAAGAAAUCAAAUUCUUCUUAAAGUUCGGAAGUAACGUCAAGCCGGUGCUCGAGGGGUCAGAGGAAGACGAGAAGUCCGAACAUACCCAACCCAAGUCAGGCAGCGAAAGGUCCAAGUCAAAAUCGGAAAAGUCAAGAAAUACGACUAAUGGAGACAUGCUGAGACCAUACGGAUUUGUUGUAUCCACUCCUUCUCUUGAUCGACUUACAGAAACUCCAUAAUAAAUUCGUGAUUUGUUAAAAUUAGUUGGUUCUUCGAUUGAUUAUCAAAAUUUGUUAAAAUACACCACACAAUAGUCCAGGAACACAUUAUCAAAAAAAAUUUAUCUUCAGUCUAAUUUUUACAGAUCUUAUAUAUAAUUGAAAUUUCGGUGUUUUCAGUUUUUUAGUUUUAAUUAUUAUAAUUUUGAUACAACAAAUUACUGACUUACUCUCGAAGGAUCAGUUUUAAUUAUCUUACUGUGCAUCGUGUUAUAAUAAAUAGAAUAUUAUAAAACAUU